CUCGCCGUACACGAUAUCGCACGUACACUCGCGAGGAUCCACAUCUCGCGAUCUUGCUGAAUAACGAAACGAGAGAUAUCGGUGUAUUCCUUUUCUCCUUGGAACAAUCGAUAUUCGGUAUACAACAAGAUACGCUUGUUGACUCGAAGAAGUGACAUUUACGCAAUCUCUCGAUUUGGGACACGCCGUCUAGGAUGUAUCGCGGAGACAUAAUCUUUUACAAAAUUCUGACAUAGUCCCAGGAUCAGUCCUCUUGAUGAAAAAUUACACCGGGGAUCCCUCGGAUCAACGUGAGAAGUGCUUUAACGCUUGUCUUUGCUGGACUCCCGAGGGACGGAACGAGUGUCGUCUCGAGGUAAUUGGCAGUGACUGGAGAGACUCGACUGGUGAACCGAUAGAAUGCGAAUGCGGAUCUUAUACUCGUGACAUCGAAUUUGUUAAUCGGAUAUCGGUGAUGCAGCUACAUGCUGGAAGGAGGAAGGGGAUGACUGUUAAUUUUCUACCGAGGAUGGUGGCGGUCUUUGUUUUCGCUUGCCUUCUACUACAGAAUGGUCGGUCGACAUUCGCAGCGUUUACUACUGUUACCACCAUCCCUGAUCCCGAAUUUGUCGACGAAAUAGGAAACAUCACAGUACCAGCAGGACGGAAUGUCAAACUGGCAUGCAGUGUGAAAGAUCUUGGAUCAUUCAAGGUGGCCUGGAUGCUUUUCGACAAGAGCGCUAUUCUGACGGUACAGAAUCACGUUAUUACCAGGAACCCCAGAAUAUCCGUGUCGCACGAUAAGCACAGGACCUGGUUCCUACAUAUCAACGACGUGCACGAGGAGGACAAGGGAAAGUACAUGUGCCAGAUUAACACUGCUGCCGCCAAAACGCAAUAUGGCUAUCUACACGUCGUAGUGCCACCAAAUAUUGACGAUUCGCAGAGCUCGUCGGAUGCAAUCGUUCGCGAGGGCGCCAACGUGAGUCUCACCUGCAAAGCGACCGGAAGUCCAACGCCUAGUAUUCGUUGGAAACGAGAUGAUGGUACCAAAAUCUCGAUCAACAAAACUUUAGCUGUAGCAGAAUGGGAGGGUGAAACGCUGGAAAUGGCGCGGAUUUCGAGAUUGGAUAUGGGCGCAUAUUUAUGCAUCGCCAGCAACGGUAUACCACCGACAGUUAGCAAACAGAUCAAAGUAUCAGUCGAUUUCCCCCCUAUGCUCUGGAUACCGCACCAAUUGGUCGGCGCGCCCCUGGGUUACUCCGUUAUUCUGGAAUGUUAUACCGAGGCUCAUCCGACUUCUUUGAAUUACUGGGCGAGGGAGGACGGCCUAAUGAUUCACGAGAGCAGUAAAUACAAGACUGUGUCGUUACCCGAUAAGCCAUCUUACAAGACGCAUAUGAUGCUCACGAUAAACGAUAUACAGAGAGAAGACUACGGUAGCUACAAGUGUAUCGCCAAGAACCCACGUGGAGAAACCGACGGGACGAUUCGUCUGUACAUGUCUGCACCACCAAGUACCAGUCCCAGCCCGUCUACCACGGAGGUCCCCAAAAAAGAUUGGGAAUUCAUGGCGGAGAUGAAUAACUCUGUUUACGGAAAUCCAAGUUCGCUGACAAUUCAAAAUGAGAAGAAUAUCAAGACAGGCACCAAGUUCCAAUCGAAUCUGAACGAAAUUGGAAAAUCGGAGCAGAAGUCGUCCGAACUGGAUAGAAAAGGAAAUUACAACUGGCCUCCUGAUAAGGAUUCAGCAACGGGCGUGAUGACGACCGUGACGCUUCUACUAAUUGCUCUGGUCGUAACGAUAAUUCGAUAAGCAAGAUCCGAAAAGAAAAAGAAAGCGAACGACGACCUCGUCGUUGAUAUCGGCGGUGGUCUCUCUAAUUAACGGACUCAAUUAAAGAGA